AUGCCCGACAACCGCCACGACACAUGUAAUGAAACUGCAGACUCAUCACCGCUGCUCUACGAGAAUAAUACUACACAGCACCCGACUCCUGACGCCGAUGCUGCGAAAUGGAGCAACGACUCUAUCCGCACAGCCGGCCUGGCAGCCACAGUUCUCAUCUUGUACGCCUUUGCCGAUGUACUGAAAUACACUGCCACCGUGCAAUUGAUUGAAGUCGGCGUGUGUCGCGAACACUACCCCAAUCCCCAGAAUGACCUGCCAGCAGGUAUCUGCAAAUCGCCACCCGUGCAGCAAGAACUGGCGCACCUCCGUGGCUACUUGUCCGCUCUAGAAGCAAUUGUCGGACUGGUCUUGACCUUACCAUAUGGCUUACUCGUGGGCCGCCUGGGGGAGCCAUUACUUGCCGGCGUGAAUGUUGUCGGAUACCUUUUGUCGUGCGCUUGGCUUAUCGUCGUGUGUUUCUAUUAUAAUGUAUUUCCGGUCUGCAUGGUCGUCCUCUCGCCGCUUUGGAGGGUAAUUGGAGGCGGAUCGUCGUUUUUCAUGUCGGUGAUUUACUCGAUUACGGCGAAGCAUGUUCCUGCUGCGAACAGGUCGCUUUGUUUUUUCCUUUUCAUGGCUGCUCAACUAUGCACCGAGAUUGUCGCUAUCAUGCUUGCGGCUACGCUUCUCGAGCGAGAGCACCCAUUUAUCUCGAUGAUACUCAAUUUUCCGUUGGGUUUGCUGUGUAUUGUUGCGAUCUUUAUGUUGCGCUCUGAUAGCGACCAUCAAGGCGCCUCGGUUGGAAAUGACUUGGCUAAGAACGAAGCAACCGAUUUCAGUAGCUCUGUUCGACGCAGUCUGCGCAUACUGCCAGAGCUGUUCCACAACCGUUAUCUUCUUGUCUUAUUAUCCACCGUUCCAGUCGCCAAGAUGCUGAAUCCGGUUAUGGAGCUCAUGUUUCAAUAUAUACCAAGGAAAUUUGAUGUGUCGCUCGCAUGGACCAGUCGCAUAUUCUCCAUCCAGGCAUUCGAGAGCCUGGUAUUCUUGCUUUUAGUAUUACCCCCGGCUAAGCGCAUUGCACAAACACGAUUCCAUAUAAGUUCCAAGAAGGCCGAUUUAUCGAUUGCUCAGUACGGGUUUACGGUUAUGGUUAUUGGAUGUCUUGUCAUGGCGUGCGCGCAAUCCAUUUUGAUUUUCAUUUUUGGAUUCCUGCUCUUCACAACAGGAUGCAGCACGCGCCCCGCCCUUCAAUCCGUUCUAGCAGAUUUCGUCAGUCCGGAGCAUGUAGCCGUUCUCUACACCGUGAUUGCAGUCGGGGACGGUAUUGGAUCCGCAGCUGGCGCGUUGAUACUCAAUCGCAGUCUUGCCGUUGCUAUUGGAUGGGAUGAUAAUGGGGUCUAUCUUGGGUUCCCGUUCUUGCUGGCUGCUGCUUGCUUUAUAUUCGGGCUUGUGGGAGCUCUAUUUGCGAAUCGAGCGUUAAGGGCUGGGUCGAGUGUGUGA